UUGGGGUGUUCUGCUCUGGCGGCAGCGGCAGCGGCGGCGGGACGCGGAGGCUCCCCCGGUAUUCGGUCUCAGCAGCGAGGCGGCGGCGGCGGCUGCGGAGGCGCAGGCAGCAGCUGAGGCAGCGGCGGGCUCAGGUGCAGCCGCUGGAAGCUAAAGCUGUGUGUAUUUGUGGAUCAGACAAGUGCAGCAAGUUAAUAUCAUUGGCUUCUGAAGGGGAGAGUGAGGUGAUGGCUGCGUUUAAGUUGGAUUUCCUUCCAGAAAUGAUGGUGGAUCAUUGCUCUUUGAAUUCCAGUCCCGUCUCAAAGAAAAUGAACGGCACCCUGGACCACCCAGACCAACCAGAUCUUGAUGCUAUCAAGAUGUUUGUGGGCCAGGUUCCAAGGACCUGGUCUGAAAAGGACUUGCGGGAACUCUUCGAACAGUAUGGUGCUGUAUAUGAAAUCAACGUCCUAAGGGAUAGGAGCCAAAACCCUCCUCAGAGCAAAGGGUGCUGUUUUGUUACAUUUUACACCCGUAAAGCUGCAUUAGAAGCUCAGAAUGCUCUUCACAACAUGAAAGUCCUCCCAGGGAUGCAUCACCCUAUACAGAUGAAACCUGCUGACAGUGAGAAGAACAAUGCAGUGGAAGACAGGAAGCUGUUUAUUGGUAUGAUUUCCAAGAAGUGCACUGAAAAUGACAUCCGAGUCAUGUUCUCUUCAUUUGGACAGAUUGAAGAAUGCCGGAUAUUGCGGGGACCUGAUGGCCUGAGCCGAGGUUGUGCAUUUGUGACUUUUACAACAAGAGCCAUGGCACAGACGGCUAUCAAGGCAAUGCACCAAGCACAGACCAUGGAGGGUUGCUCAUCACCCAUGGUGGUAAAAUUUGCUGAUACACAGAAGGACAAAGAACAGAAGAGAAUGGCCCAGCAGCUCCAGCAGCAGAUGCAGCAAAUCAGCGCAGCAUCUGUGUGGGGAAACCUUGCUGGUCUAAAUACUCUUGGACCCCAGUAUUUAGCACUUUAUUUGCAGCUCCUUCAGCAGACUGCCUCCUCUGGGAACCUCAACACCCUGAGCAGCCUCCACCCAAUGGGAGGGUUGAAUGCAAUGCAGUUACAGAAUUUGGCUGCACUAGCUGCUGCAGCUAGUGCAGCUCAGAACACACCAAGUGGUACCAAUGCUCUCACUACAUCCAGCAGUCCCCUCAGCGUGCUCACUAGUUCAGCAGGGUCCUCACCUAGCUCUAGCAGCAGUAAUUCUGUCAACCCCAUAGCCUCACUUGGAGCCCUGCAGACAUUAGCUGGAGCAACGGCUGGCCUCAAUGUUGGCUCUUUGGCAGGAAUGGCUGCUUUAAAUGGUGGCCUGGGCAGCAGUGGCCUUUCCAAUGGCACCGGGAGCACCAUGGAGGCCCUCACUCAGGCCUACUCGGGUAUCCAGCAAUAUGCUGCUGCUGCGCUCCCCACUCUGUACAACCAGAAUCUUCUGACACAGCAGAGUAUCGGUGCUGCUGGAAGCCAGAAGGAAGGUCCAGAGGGAGCCAACCUGUUCAUCUACCACCUGCCCCAGGAGUUUGGUGAUCAGGACCUGCUGCAGAUGUUUAUGCCCUUUGGGAAUGUCGUGUCUGCCAAGGUUUUCAUAGACAAGCAGACAAACCUGAGCAAGUGUUUUGGUUUUGUAAGUUACGACAAUCCUGUUUCGGCCCAAGCUGCCAUCCAGUCCAUGAACGGCUUUCAGAUUGGCAUGAAGCGGCUUAAAGUGCAGCUCAAACGUUCGAAGAAUGACAGCAAGCCCUACUGAGCGUGCUCCCCUCUGAGACUGGAGUGAGAGGGUCUUCUGGCACAGCUUGCCCUGAAGACUCGGCUACUGCCUUCUGUGGGAGUUUCGCUUCGUACAGAGGACAAGUUUGUGCUUUGGUUUCCAGUGUUUUACUUUGGAGUUUAGGUGCCAUAUCCUGAGUUUUUUUUUGUUUUUGUUUUUGUUUCUCCUUUAUUUAAAGUUUGCUGUGUUUGUAACCAGUGUGUGUUGAGAAGGACCAACACCAAACCACCCUGGGGAAGGGGGACAGGGAAACAUUUAACACAGACGAUGAUCAGGAUUUGCCCCAAACCACCCCAAGAGAGAGGACUGAGUGGAACAAAAAAGUGACCCCCAGAACCUCUCUUAGUGUGAGGGUGGGUAGAAUGAGAACUGACACCUGGGAGCUGUGGGGAGCAGAGCGGCUUUGGGGAAGAGUGGAGUGAAUAGACACCUAAUGCCCUGGCAGCUGGAGACUCAAACUCCUGUACAGCUGCCUUCUAGGAAAUAGUUUUUGACACCUAUUUUUCAGAUUCUUGUCCGGAAUUUCUGCUGCUCUUUUCAAAAAAGGGCAUUAACAAUUCUCUGGAAAUAAAGCACCUGUUAGCCUGACAUAUGCAAAAAGCAGGGCGGCAUCACCCAUUAUGAGCUCCCCCAGCCAGCAGUCAGUAUUGGAUUGGCCUUGCCUGGCUGGUGGCAGUUUGGGAGAAGCAGCCAAAGAGGUUAGUUUAUUUCAACAUCAAAUUAGACCAUGGCCCAUUUCCAACAGGUCUCUUUAAAGGCCUCUAUGGAAUACAUUGCCUGGUUUCCUUCCUUGCAGUUCACCACAGCAAGGAAUGUCACCUCCAUCCCAAGCCACCAUUUUCUCAUGAAGGCAAAUCCAAGAAGGGCUUGCAGUUCUUGCUGAAGGGGGUACCAUUUGUGGGCAGAGUGAUCAAUACCAUCUAGUUGGGGGAGGAGGAGCUUGUUUCUUGGUGUACUUGAAUCAGAAGGUCCCUGCAAGCCAGUAUGCUUCAUUUGCCAGUGGCCAGAAAUUCUCCCUUGCCUCCUUGAUUGAGGUGUCCCAGAUGUAGUAUUCCCACAGGGGUCUGGCAGGCCCCUCCUGUAACCACUUCAGUCACAUUUUCUGCUCUUGAGGCAGAGGUGACAUCAGGACGUUUACAGCCUCCACAUGAAUUGAGUGUUCAUUUACCUCAGUAUUACCGUGUUCAUUUUUGUCCUCGUGCUACAGUUAGCUCCCUGCCGCCUCUUGCAGGUCUUAUUUCAGCUCUUGCCUGUGACCCACACAGCUUCUGGGCUCUGCCUCUGCUCUAAGAAGUGCUGUGGGGGUAGAGAACCAGGAAGGACAUGCUGUUGGGAAUGUACACCUGGGCAGAGGUGGCCCUGUUAAGAUAUGACUAUAGCCACAGCCAGGGACGGGAUCCCUGGGUCUCUGGAAUCUGAAACCUCACAAAUACCAGUCUUGACCCCUAGCAGCAGAGAUAAGAAUAAAGGGGUUGGUUUGCUAUUAAGUCAGAUGGGGGCUCUCUCCUUGUCAUGCUGUCCCUGUGGGUAACAGACAGGGAUUGACCAUCUUACUGUUGUACAGGUAGCUGGUGGUGUUGGAUUAUCCCAUUGAAGCUGGGACAGCUGUUCCUUUCUCAUAGUGAUAACUUGGGUCUGUUGUCCUCUAAGGAACGUGAAACAUACACUUCUUAAGCUGAACCACGUAAACUUGAAAUUCUGCGCACUGGGAGAAAUGUGUCCUGUGUUUCAAAGGAUAAAACUGUUCUAAAGGCUUCCAGGGUCAUGAUGGGAUUUUUUAAAUAAAUGCAAAAAAGAAAAAUAAAAAAGAAAAAAGAAAACAAAAAAAAAAAAAGAAAAAAAUGCUAGGUUGGGGAGGCGCUGUUCUGAAUCCCAACCGGCUGGAACCAAGAAUGUCGUUUCUAUUUUUAUAGAAGUUUUAUACAGCUCCGGGGUGGAGAAUAUUUAUUACCUAAAUUAUAUCUCUGGAAAAGGCCAGGAUUUUGUAGAAUCCAGAAUGUGAUUGUUAUACACACAGGGUGCUGUGUAUGAUUGAAACUACUGACUUUCUGUGGCCCGUUUGCAGCCCAGCUAACCUGCCCAAGGGGAAGGUGUUAAUGCUGUGAAUUGGCAGAGGAGAGAGCUGUGCUCCAUAGGGUGCUGCCGGUGCUGUGCUCCCUAGCCUUCUGUUCUGUCUUCCUCCUUAGCCAGAAUGCCACUCCCUUCCCACAUCCCCUUCUUCUCUCCGCCUUCCCCCAUCUCACCAUUAUUUGUCCAUGGAUUUGUCCUGGGCUCUGGGACCUUAUGAAACCCCUUUACUAAUGACAUAAGAGGCCAAGGUGCAACCCACCCACCUUUGAUACCAGACGCUGAGGGCUUCAUACCUGCUGAUGGGUUCUCUUUUCUAAAAGGAAUGCUUGCCCCAGCAGGGUCCUGGGCUGCUUGAGCAGCCAGCUGGUGAGACCAUGCACUUCUCUGUUCUCUCCUCCCCCUGCCCAGUGAGUUAGCACAGCAGUAGCACUGCCCUUGAGCACAGUUCUUUCCCCAGGCCAAAGAUGGUUUUGUGAAGAAGCUGCUCCCCUACAAGUCUCACGUGUGAAAGGGCUUAGCUCAGAGUGGAGACUCGCUGUCAAGUCUUAAGCAAUCCUUUUCUGUUGUGUGAAGGUUUCACUUACAAUGUGUUUUCUGCUGUAGUUUUGUUUCUUACUUGGGUUACAUCAUGAAAUUGAUUUGCCUUGAAUGCAGCCAGACCACUGUCUCCUGGGUUCCACUUGAGUGGCCAGGGCCUGGAUGGAAGCUAAGAGCUUGGAUUUCUGGGAACAAAGGGCCAUCCCCAUAAGAUUGAGCAGAAAUUCUGGUCCUCUUCCCUGAAAAAUUUUCCCCACCCCAGCCAGCAUCUUCUGCUUCCCCUUGGGUUGUGACCAGGGAGUGGGGAGAGAGGCUGAGGCUCUGCUCCCCUGGAGACCUUCUCUUAGGAGUUGGGUGCUUCAUGGAAAAUCCAAGCCUUAGGUUCCCUUCUGUCUCUGGCAAUUAGAUGUGUUCUUGGUGUCCUCCAUGUCCUUUUUGACUUUUCCCUGUGUCCAUUGUUAGCAUGUGCAAAAGUUCCCUGUCAUUACCCAACCCCUGCCCGCCCACCUCAUUUCAGGGCUGUACACACAGUGAGUGUUCCUGUUCUCUCUCUCUUUGUUUGGAUGUAUUGCUCUGUGUAACUCAGUGGGUCUCCCUCUUUCUGGUUUGUUUUUUUUUCUAGAUUCCUGCCGUUUGUUCAUCGUUGUGCCUAAAGCAUGUCGAUGUGGCGUCAAGUACAUCGUCCAAAUCCCUGUCUCUUCAGCUUCUCUGAUGCUUGAACUCUCACCUUUGACCUUGUGUUGACCUUUGAUGCUGAUGUGUAUUUUUAUUAUGUUUGUUUCUUUCUUCGUUUUUUUUCUUUUUUUCUUUCCUUUUUUUUUCCCUUUUGUGCUGCCAAAUUGGUUUUGCUAGAACGACUGCUGAAGGGGAAAUAUUUAAACUUGCAUUUGAAUAUAAAAAAAAUCUAUUUUUCUAGAACUUCAUAAGAUAACCACUUGAUUUUGUGAUUCCAAUUCUUUGUAAUUGUCUUCAGAGCAGCCCUACUAGCACAUACCGCGUGGUGUUUGUAUUUCUGUGAACACACAGCCAGUCCGUUUCUAGGCUUUGUUUCUCUGUGUGCUUAGUUUUAAAGACAACUUUGAAGUAAACAAUGAAAUAAAAGAUGUCACUAAAACCUUUGAGGCUCCUGAGCACAUUUUGCUGAUACAGUCUGUGGGGCUUGAGGAGACCGCAUGUAUUGUUCUUUCUUUUGUUUUUCUUCUGAGUUCUCAACUGCAGAGAGCACCUGAACCCCCUUUCCUUUUUGACCGCAGGCUGCACUUUGGGCCCCAGCCAGCCCUUUUUCUUUUUCUUUUGUGGUUCUUCCCUGGAGCGACUCUGGGGAGUCCUGGAUAUCCCGCCUGCCCCUUCCCCUCAGCCCCAUGCUUGUUCCAACAGUCUCCACAGCAAAAUGUGAUGCUUUGAUUUUUUUGUUGUUGUUUUUGUUUUUGUAUUGUUUUUGUGUUUUUGUUUUGAAUUUUUUCCUUUCCUACUAAGAUUAUGCCCAGAAAAAAGUUUUGCAUGUUUCCUGCUGUUUCUUCACACCUUCGUAUAUAUCACCUUCACCUCUCUGUUUUCUAUAGUUUGUGCAAAAACUGAUCGAUUUAAAAGGGUUUCAAAGAAGCUGUUUUAAAUUGUUGUAGGGUUGAUUAUUUUUUUCAAGAUUGUAUUGUUUAAUUUUGAAGUGGCAACUUUCUCCUCUAUUGCCCUUAGAGCGUUUGCCUGUGCACUUAGACUGUCACUUCAUGUGGCCUCCAGGUCUUACCGGGGCUUCCCGGAGGCUGGCUGCUCUGCUCAGAGAGGGUGGGAAGGAGGCCUGGAGAGACACGAGAAGCAGAGGUAGAGCCUAGAAGGUGGCAGCAGGUGGGUAAGAGGCUUAUUUAGCACAUUUGGGGCAGUGAGCACCUGGAGGAAGGAGGGUGUUCCCAACUACCCGUAGGAGGCCAUCUGCACACCAAGCGGCAAUUCACCUGCUGGCGCUUUUCCUAGGUGACAAGCACAAUACUACAGUCUUCACACUGUUUACAGCCCUGGGCACCAGCCACCCCGCACUGGCUCUUCAUCACAGCUCUGCUCUUGCUUAGCUAGUGGGGUGGGGGAAAGGGCAGGGAUUUGUUUUUUAAAUUGAGUGAAGAGCCAAACAGCUACUGUCCCUGGGUGCGAAGCAAGCCAGUUUUUUGGUUCCCUGAGGGAAACUGACCCUCUUCUCUUGUGGCACCAUCCAGCCUCAGGGUCUUGGAGACUUGAGUAAGAAUGUGAGUGGAGGGGGAGAGGCGAGGAGAGGAGAGGUCACAGGGUGGAUCUGUGGAGGGAAGAGGUUACAGGGGGAGGAGCUGAUGAUAGAUCCCACCCAGACCUAAGCUGCUGGUGGGUGGGUGAGCUGGGAAGUAGGACUGUCCAGGGAAGGGUGGAGAGAUGUAGCUAGGGGCUGGGGAGGGGGAGGUGGAAGCGCUGUUGAGCAUCUUCCACACCAAGGUUGAUGAAGGAAGGGAUCCCAGCAGGGUUUCUGCUCUGGGGCUGGCAGGUUGCCUGGUAUUAUGCCCAAGGCCGCUCUGCCUGGGGGAAAGGGCAGCCAGGCAGAGGCCCAGUGUCUGGUAGGCUGCUGAAUUUCCUGGAAGGGGUGAUUGGAUGGAAAGAGGCCAGAAACCCCAGCCUGAGAGAUUGCUGUGCACCCCACAGUCUGACUGCACAGAGCCGCCUCUGUUGGCAGGGGGCACUGAGGCUCCCCUUCCUGUGUAUUGAGAAGCCGUGUUUGCCAAUAUAUUUUGCUUUCAAUUCCAAGAGGAGCUCUGGGAAAACCUGUGGAUAAAACCAAAUGCCAAAUGUUGGACGUUGUUUCCUUUUCCUUUUCUCUCUCUGAUUGUUUUAAUUGUUCUGUGGUGGUUUUAAUGGAUUUGAGACCCUGGAGCGGCAGCUGCCUUUCUGAUUUCCAGCUGCUUUUUGUGAAUAAUUUAAAAAGAAAAAAAAAAAGAAACUUUACAUUUUGGAGACAAACCUGUGUGAGUUUUUUAUUGGUACAAACGUUGUAUUUAACACUAGGGGUUUUGUACAGUUUUUUGCCUUUUCUACUAGAAAACAAUGUAAAGUGAUUUCACAAUGUGAAGAGAAAAAAAAAUUGCCACUAUGACCAAACGCACAGUCUGUUCUGCAGCAACAACGGGAUUCAAUCAACUCAGUCGUGAUUCAGCCGUAGAAAUGCUUUUCCUUUAUCUUGUUUGAGCUUUUCCUUUCUUUCCUGUUUUGAUUUGCAAAAGAAAAUGUCUUUUUUGUGUGAACUUGUGUUGUACUCUGUAGAAAAUUAUGGAUUUUACUUUAAUGGUUUAAAAAAAGGCAAGGAGAGCCCUCGUCGCUUUUCUUACCUAAUCACAGAGUUUGUGUAGUGAAUUUAAAAAGAAAAAAAAAAUUGUUACAAGUUUGGAGCAAGGGAGUAUGUGUUUCAAAGGAAUCUCCUUCCUUUUUUUGUGUGUUUUUCCUUUUGUCCCAAUGGGGAACCUAAAUCUGUUUUAAUUGCACAGACACAUGGACAAAAAGUCAUUUUGUAUCUGCCAAGUGUGGUACCUUCCUUUGUUUAUUUGCUAUUAAACUGUUUGAGAAGAA